AUGGCGUUGCCCUUCCUUCCGCACAAGACAAUUGAAGCCACUUUUGAGAGUCUGAGACCAGAAGCUACCACGCAGCCACUGAAGGAGUUUGUCCACUACAUCGGAGAGACCUGGAUAAACAGCAGAGUAUGGCCACCUAAGUGCUGGAGCGUGUUCAUGCUGUCAGUUAGAACAAAUAAUGACAUAGAAGGCUGGCAUCACGCCCUGAACCGAAGAGCUGCUGGCCGCUUUGGACUUCCCUUCAACUUGCUUGUGUCCCUGCUACACAAUGGGGCCCGCCUAGUGUCACUGCAGAUUCGGCUUGUGUCUGAGCGCAAGCUGAAGCGGAUCCAGAGAGCCGCCUACUGCCAGUUACAAAACCGGCUCUUUGAGCUGUGGGAGGCAUUUAACAAGAGAGAGAAAUCACUUAAGCAAUUACUGAAAGGUUGCGCAAACAUCAAUAGGCCAGUGAGCGUCUAAAGUACUUUAAGGACUCAUGAACUUGAUUUAUUUCAUCAUUAGCUAUUUUAGAAAAUGUUAAGGUAUUUUCAAUAAUCAGUAUAUCAUUAGAAAUCUCAAAAAUACAGUACAUUAGAAAUCGCAAAUUCAGAAAAUAGGUUAAGAAAAAUUGACUAGUUUAACACUUAAAGAAAUAAUCAGUAUGUAGUAUAUUAAGCAAUUACUGAGUAGGAUAUGAAGAAUUAAGCAGAUCGAAGGGGGUGUUAUCCACAGAGGCUGAAGGACGAGGUGGAUAACACCUUCCGAAACAAAAAACAUGCUUACCUGCAUCGAUGUUAAGUUUAUCUUCGAUAGUGUAUGUUUAGGUUUGUCCAGCUCCGCAAAUAUUCUCUAAAUGACAGAUGUCGCCUUCCGAGUUGUCUUCUUGCUGUUUUUGCUAUGUUUUUAGCCAUUAUUUCGCCUAGUUCCAACUGUUUUUAUUCUUGAAAUGAGUGAAGUGUCCGCCAUUUUAGUUUUCACAACGAAAACAACUCAACCUCGUCCCCAGGACUUCUCGGUUAACGGUGCAUUAACCUGUAGAAGGCUGCAUUUUUGACGUCAUUUCCUCGUUAAAAUCAAAAUUCUUCCAAAUUUGGUCAUCAGUAACUGGUUAUGGUGGAUUAUGCGUGUGCUUUUAGCCAAUCAGAAUUGCCCGUGGGUGUUCCUCAAGGUUCAGUUCUGGGACCUGUACUCUACCUUCUACCUUCUGUAUACUGCGCUACUUGCUAAAGUGAUAAGAUCUUAUGGCUUGGAUUAUCAUCUAUACGCCGACGAUACUCAGUUAUACUUUGCAUUCAAAUCGGUGGAUGUGGACGCUCAUGAGGAGACACAAAGGGCUUGCACUGUAAGUAUC